AUGGGCAAGAAAUUCGCACUGCCUAUAACAUCAAAGAACUUCAAACCAAUUCCACUAAUAGCAGAUAUGGAACAAUGGGUACAAACAAUUAAAGACGAUACUGAAAAAGAAAUUAACAGAGCAAAAAUAGCAAACAGAAUAUCAAACUACAAGCGGAAUAUCUACAACAACGACAAGGAAAAAUUCAUAUUAGCUAUGUUUGAAGACACCAAGAAUUUUAUAAGAGAAAUCGAGGAGAAAAUAAUCAUCACAUCCGCAGAUAAAGGCAACAAAACAGUCGUAAUGUACAAAGAACAGUAUAGAUAUAAACUUAACAAUUUACUUGACGACAAAACAACAUAUAAACCAAUUAGAGAAGACCCUACUGAAAAACUACAAAGAAUGAACAACAAUUUAGUAAAUGAUUUGCACAAAAACAAAUUAAUAUCAAAAUGGGAAAAAUCUAAACUAACUAGCAUAUCUGCAUCAGCGCCAGACCUUUACGGAUUACCAAAGAUCCACAAAGAAAAUACUCCACUAAGACCGAUAGCAGCAUCUACGAAUGUACCCUGCUACAAUCUGGCGCAAUACGUCGGAAAACUACUUAGGACAAUAAUAUCACCUACAUAUAACAUAAAAAAUUGCAUGGACCUGAAAGAUAAACUAAAUGACAUUAAAUUGGAUAAGGACGACAUUAUGGUAUCAUUUGACGUUGUAUCUCUAUUCACAAAUAUACCUAUACACCUAGCGAUUAAAAAUAUUCUCGACAAAUGGAAAUUCCUGCAAGAAAAAACACAGAUUCCAAAACAAACCUUCUUAAAAAUACUUAACUUCGUUCUGAAAGAUAACAAUUACUUCAAAUGCAAUGACAAAGUUUACCAUCAAACAUAUGGUAUGCCAAUGGGCAACCCCCUCUCGCCUACGAUAGCAGACAUCGUACUAGACACACUUUUGGACGACGUUAUCGAAGAACUAAAAGCGAAGGACAUACAAAUAAAACUAUUGACGAAAUAUGUGGAUGAUGUAUUUGCCAUUAUAAACAAACACGACGAAACAAAUAUUCUGACUCUUCUAAAUAAAUAUCAUAACAAAAUUCAAUUUACGAUAGAAAAAGAGGUCAAUAAUAAAUUACCAUAUUUAGACGUACUAAUAAUAAGGAAUGACAAUAAAUUACAAACUGAAUGGUACACCAAAGAUACAUCAUCGGGACGCAUUAUAAACUAUCACUCGACGCAACCAAGAAGUAUGAAAGUGAAUACUGCAAGAAGCCUCCUAAAGAAAAUAAAAUACAUCACGGACGAACAAUACUUAAGGAAAAACAUAAAAAAGUACACAGGAAUACUGAAGAAAAACAGCUAUCCUCAACGAUUAAUAGACGACAUAAUAUAUGAAUAUAAUAAUAAAAAACAAGACACCCCAAAAUCCGACACACAAACCAUCAAUUUUAUCAGUGUACCCUAUAUACCAAACUUGACGGAGACAAAAAACUUGAGAAACAUCAUAAGAGAUACAACAACAACAUUAGCACACAGAUCAAACAGCACACUACAAACGAUAUUUAAACGAACAAAACAAAAAGCAGACAAGCAAAAAGAAAACAAUGUUGUGUAUGAAGUAAUAUGUGAAGGCAGCAAAACAGAGAAGUGCGGGAAAGUGUAUGUGGGUACAACUAAACGAAUGUUAGGUGUGAGAAUGAAGGAACAUCAAAAUGACAUCAACAAAGGAACGGAAAAAACAGCACUCUCACAGCACAUUAAAGAAACUGGCCACACAGCUGAUUUCAAGAAUGUGAGAAUCUUAGACAAAGCUAAAAACGAAAACAAAAGAUACACACUAGAAAGCCUAAGAAUACAACAACGAAUUGACAGAUCCAUAAACACGAAGGAAGACAAAGACAAUACUAAGCUUCAGUAUUCAAUUGCAAUAACCUAA